AUGGGCAAACAACAACAGGAGCCCCCCCUCCCCGUGAAACAGCAAGCGAAGCUGUUCAACAUGAAUGGAUCCCACCUAGGGAAGUCGGCGUUAUAUUUUGACGUUUCCGUCUCCGGCAGACAUAUUGCUUACAGGAGCAAAUUCUGGAAAGCUAGAAGAGAGAAAGGAUUUAAAACUGAUUUACAUCUUCACGACUUGAUACACCCAAGCGACAUAAGACAUAAUGGAGCCGUCAGCCAGUCCGCCAAAGAUAACUACAGGAUGAACCGCUACAAGAACAAAGCACUGAACCCAGAGGAGAUGAGGCGCAGGAGAGAGGAGGAGGGCAUCCAACUCAGGAAACAGAAACGAGAACAACAGCUUUUCAAGAGGAGGAACGUGGAUGUUCUCAAUGAAGAGGAGGCCAUGUUUGAGAGUCCACUGGUGGACUCGUACCUAAGCUCUCCAGUAACAGAAGGAGUCAUCACCAGAGACAUGGUGGAGAUGCUUUUCUCGGAGGAUCCAGAGCUUCAGCUCGCCACAACACAAAAGUUCAGAAAACUACUUUCCAAAGAGCCCAACCCACCAAUUGAUGAAGUUAUAAACACGCCUGGAGUAGUGGAGAGGUUUGUGGAGUUCUUGAAGAAGAGUGUCAACUGCACACUACAGUUUGAAGCAGCUUGGGCACUGACCAACAUAGCAUCAGGCACGUCCAUGCAGACAAAGACAGUGAUUGAGGCUGGAGCAGUGCCAAUUUUCAUUGAACUUCUUAACUCAGACUUUGAGGACGUUCAAGAACAGGCUGUGUGGGCCUUGGGUAAUAUUGCAGGGGAUAGUGCGGUGUGCAGGGACUAUGUGCUGAACUGCAACAUCCUCCCACCAUUAUUAAUGCUUCUGACCAAAUCCACUAGAUUGACCAUGACUAGGAAUGCAGUUUGGGCUCUGUCUAAUCUCUGUAGAGGAAAAAACCCUCCACCUGCUUUUGAAAAGGUGUCACCCUGUCUGCCAGUUCUGUCCAGGCUUUUAUUUAGCAGUGACCCAGACUUGCUGGCAGACGCCUGCUGGGCCCUGUCCUACCUCUCAGACGGCCCCAAUGACAAGAUCCAGGCUGUCAUCGACUCUGGCGUUUGCAGGCGCCUUGUAGAGCUACUCAUGCACACAGACUAUAAGGUGGCCUCCCCUGCCUUGAGAGCUGUAGGAAACAUUGUCACUGGAGAUGACAUCCAAACACAGGUGGUGUUGAACUGCUCAGCCCUGCCCUGUCUGCUGCACCUUCUCAGCAGUGCUAAAGAGUCCAUCCGCAAAGAGGCAUGCUGGACCAUCUCAAACAUCACAGCAGGAAACAGAGCACAAAUUCAGACGGUAAUUGAUGCCAACAUCUUCCCCGUGCUGAUCGACAUUCUACAGAAAGCAGAGUUCAGGACUAGGAAGGAGGCGGCCUGGGCCAUCACUAACGCCACCUCUGGAGGAACACCAGAACAGAUCAGAUAUCUGGUGAACCUGGGCUGCAUUAAGCCCCUGUGUGACCUGCUGACAGUGAUGGACUCUAAGAUCGUUCAGGUGGCUCUCAACGGGCUGGAGAACAUCCUGAGGCUGGGGGAGCAGGAGGCCAAGCAGGAGAACAACGGCAGUGGAGUUAAUCCUUACUGCAGCCUCAUUGAAGAAGCCUAUGGUCUCGACAAGAUCGAGUUCCUCCAGAGCCACGACAACCAGGAGAUCUACCAGAAGGCUUUCGAUCUAAUCGAGCACUACUUUGGGGUGGAGGACGAGGACAACAGCCUAGCCCCUCAGGUGGACCAGGCCAACCAGCAGUACCUUUUCCCCCAGCAGGAGGCGCCCAUGGAGGGUUUCCAGCUAUAAGUCGGCACCCCUCUCCCCUAAAAUGCACCCCCUCCAUACCUCCUCAUCCCAUGGAGGACCCCUAGAUGCCUGAGUCAAACUUUAAUGCCCGCUUCCCUGAUCUGCCACUACCCCCCCUGACGUCUACCAUCUCAAACACACACAGACACCCCCACCCUUUGGAGGAAAGCUAAAACUGUCCCGCUCUCCAGCCGAAAAAAAAUCUCCCAUCUCUCCCAAACCGGUGGAGUGACUUCUUACAGGGCCAUGUGUUUUCUGGCCAAGGGGAGAGCGCCACACAAACUCCGUUACACUUAGAAGAGGAAGCCCAAAGUGUGAGUCUGCCCUGGCUUCAAAAUGCACACACAGACAUGUUCCUGCCCUUUGAUAGCUCUCAUUGGCAGUAACGAUGGUUUGUUGGUUAAUAUCUUUAUAUACAUUUUCAUUUCUUUUUCCAAUGGGACAUUUCCUGUUUUCAGGAUUACCCAUGCAUCCUCAUGCAAAGUCCAGACACCGGGAUGCAUGAGGUGAGAUAUGCCUAGCUCUUGAUGUCAGUCUGACUUUCAAAGAAAAAAAAACCCUAGCAACAUGAUCCCUUUUUUUGUUUUAUGAUUUAUGAUUUUCCCUAACACUUAUUUAUCUGCACCUUUUUUGUGCUUGUGAUUUUUUUUUCUUUUUCUACACAUAGUAGAAAAAACUCUGCCCCCUUGCUUAGAAGUGAUUUUUUUUCUUUUCUUUUUUUCUUUCAUUGUAUUAAC